GCACAUGUCAAUUUUCAUUUAUCAUAUUCGUGGUAUCGAUAACGAUAGGCUAUAUGUAGUCCAAAUACCCUAGUGAAUAGAGAGGCGAGAGACGGAACAGGAAAAGAGCCGCUUUUUCUUGCCCAAGUCCCCGAGCCUUGUAUUUGUUUCAAAAAUACCAAGCUGAACUAAGAAGAAUAAUAGCGUUUGACAAACCAAAUAAUAUUGAGGUUUCAUCUGAUGGUAUCGUGGCAUUGAGAACAUAAGAACUCUACUAGACAGAUGCACGGAAUGCUCUGAGCACACACCAACUACAUGCAGGAUAUGACUGAGGUAUGCCACUGCAUACACAUACAACUGCCUGGAGCUCGCUUUCAGUAAGGUCUCACCGAUAUUUCCCAACAGGAAAAGAUCCCAACCGAAAUGGGGCUGAACACGACUACCGAUUACCCGAAGAAGUUUCGGAUCCUGAUGAUUCAUGGAUUCGCUGCUUCGGGACAGAAGUUCGAAGCAAAAGCAAGACCUAUAUCAGACCGCAUAAACGAAUUGCUCACUCCAAAAAUCAUCGAUGAGUUCGCUGGAGGUAUUGAGUUCUUAUACCCCGAUGCGCCUAUUGUCCUAGAAUGCCCAAUUGGACUGGAAGAGAGGCGCGAUGACGAUGCAGAUGACAAGGAUAAGAAUGGUCAAAGCACAAUCGAAGAAGAACCUAGGGACCUCUCGAAUCGUGCAUGGUGGUAUGGCCGAGAUACAAUCCACGCUUAUAAAGGCCUCGAAGAUUCGCUCUCAUCUGUGGCUACAUUUAUCCGCAAUCGGCCCAUCCAUGGAGUCAUUGGAUUCUCUCAAGGUGCUGCAAUGUCGGGAAUGAUUACUUCUAUCCUUGACUGUCGCGACAAUCCCUCAAAGGUGGCCGCCUUACGAGGGCAAGGUCUUCCAGUGGACGACUUCCUCAAUCUCCCCGGCCAGCACCCGUUGAGGUUCUUCAUCGGGUGUGGAGGAUAUCAAGGAACACUGAAAUAUUACGGGAGUCUGUACGAUUGGCCGAUUCAGACACCAAGUUGCCAUACAAUCGCCGAUAUAGAUGGUGUUGUGGAGGAUUACCGGACCAUAAACCUGGCACGUUGUUUCUCCUCCGCAAAAAUGGUGCACUACUUCGGUUCUCAUUUCGUCCCAAGAGAUCGUGCUACUGUACAAACUCUCGCGUGCUUUGCCGUGAAGAAUUCUUGCAGUGGCCCCGCGUCAGAUGGUGUACCAUCGGUUGCUCCUUCACUGAGUCAACCGGCAAAGAGAAAUGCCAGCAAAGAUAGGGAUGAUAAUAGACUGGGCUAUACAAACUCACAAAAGUCACUUCAGUCGGCUAAGAGAAGAAAGAUAUUCACUCUCCGCAGCCGACGAAAACAAGUUGUAUCCACACGCCAGAUUGUCCCCGCAUUUAACCACUCAUGCUUCGUUGUCUAACGAUAGGGCACAUGGGCGAUGAAGCUGUUAGAGGGGAAUUGGGCAUUAGAUCUGCGAGUUAACAUGAGGAUAUCCAGCUUAUGUCUGUUUAUGAGGAGUAUAAAGUUGUUAUAUGUUGUAUCUAGCAUUUAUUGUUACUAUUGUUCUCCUUCCCAGGGGAUUUACUAUCGAGUUUGAACCUUGAAAAUUGUAAACGAGU